UGUAUCGGCGCUCGCUGCUGUGAUCUGUCCGCAGUCAGUGUGCAGUGUAGUAAGUGUAGGACGCUCUACUGUGAUGGUCAGUGCCAGACCUUUAACAGACCUCAAUCAGAGUCCAUCACGAUCACAACUACUAACGAACCCUCUGAGUUAUUCGAGAGAGAGUAUACGGAAAUAAAAUUUGCUGAAGAAUCUUUUCGGGUUUUGUGGUACUAUGACAGAAUCCAAAUGCCAUUUGGACAUUCAGCCACCUGGAUCCGAAUGACACCUGUAGCCAACCUCCAUGCUUACCAAACACUAUGCCAACAUGCUUCACAGAAAUGGAUCUUUCUGUACGUGCCGUGGACCCCGUGAGGAGGGAUCUCUGAGUUUCUAGUGCCAUCAUCAUCCCCCAGCUCUUCCUCUCAUUCUCUGCAUCUCUUCAGACAUAAUCUCUUCAGCUCCACCUGUACGUUAGUGUUCACUGGGAUUUCAGGAGCAUAAGCAGCCGUCAUCACUGAUCUCAUCCUCACCCCAAAGGUUACGACGACGCUGUUUGACGAUGGCACAGCUUUUGUAUGUCACUGUGGUUUUGGCCGAAGUCUGCCUGCUUCUGAGGCUCUGUGCUGGAGCGGGUCAGAAUCCUGACCAUGUGCUACAGGGCACUGGAGUGAAGCCUGGCUCAGACUCCAGAAGGCCCGGGGACGACUCUACUGUGGCACCAGAGGAUGCUGCCCGCUUCCUCAGCUGCCACUGCUCAGGACACUGCCCUGAUGACGCCAAGAACAACACCUGCGAGACAAAUGGGCAGUGCUUCGCCAUUAUUGAAGAAGAUGAAAAUGGAGAUGUGAUAUUAAGCUCAGGCUGUAUGAAAUAUGAGGGCUCUCACUUUCAGUGCAAGGAUUCACAGUUUGCACAGACACGUCGAACCAUCGAAUGCUGCCAGUUUGACUUUUGUAAUCGAGACCUAAAGCCAGAGUUACCGCCUCGAGACAUUGAACCACCAGACCCUCACUGGCUGGCCUUCCUUAUUUCAGUGACUGUGUGCUUCUGUGCCCUCAUCUGUGUCACUGUCAUCUGUUAUUACAGGUAUAAGUGGCAGACAGAGAGGCAACGCUACCACAGAGACCUGCAGCAGGACGCCUUUAUCCCAGCAGGAGAAUCUCUGAAAGAUCUCAUCAACCAGUCUCAAACCUCAGGCAGUGGCUCUGGGCUCCCCCUGCUGGUUCAGCGCACCAUUGCGAAGCAGAUCCAGACAGUGCGUCUUAUUGGAAAAGGCAGGUAUGGAGAGGUGUGGCUCGGCCGGUGGAGGGGGGAAAAGGUAGCAGUGAAGGUGUUCUUCACUCGAGAGGAGGCUAGCUGGUUCAGAGAGACAGAGAUCUACCAAACCGUGCUCAUGAGACACGAGAACAUACUAGGCUUCAUUGCUGCUGACAUUAAUGGCACUGGAGCCUCUACGCAGCUGUACCUGAUCACAGACUACCAUGAGAACGGCUCUCUGUAUGACUAUUUGAAGUUCACCACUCUGGACACACAGGCCCUGCUCAAACUGGCCUACUCUGCAGCCUGUGGCUUGUGUCACCUGCACACGGAAAUCUACGGCACGCAGGGAAAACCAGCCAUCGCUCACAGAGACCUGAAGAGCAAGAACAUCCUCAUAAAGAAAAACGGCACCUGUUGCAUCGCUGACCUCGGGCUUGCUGUCAAAUUCAACAGUGACACAAAUGAAGUGGACAUCCCACUGAGCACACGUAUGGGGACCCGACGCUAUAUGGCUCCAGAGGUCCUGGAUGAGACUCUGAAUAAGAACCACUUCCAGGCCUACAUCAUGGCGGACAUCUACAAUUAUGGGCUGGUUAUAUGGGAAAUGGCCAGACGCUGUGUCACUGGAGGUAUCGUUGAGGACUAUCAGCUGCCAUAUUAUGAGAUUGUGCCAUCAGAUCCGUCUUUUGAGGAUAUGCUUGAGGUUGUGUGCGUCAAAGGACUGCGGCCCACUGUAUCCAACAGAUGGAACAGUGAUGAGUGUUUGAGGGCCAUGUUAAAGCUGAUGUCAGAAUGCUGGGCCCACAAUCCCGCAUCGCGCCUGACCAUCCUACGAGUAAAGAAGACUUUAGCAAAAAUGGUGGAAUCUCAAGACAUUAAAAUCUGAGUGGCUUUUA